AUGAGCCUACCGACUUUUGUUUCUCUCUUGGCGCUCCAGUUCACCGUAGCUCCAAUUCUCUUCCAUCAGACGCCUCUAGCCAUGGCUACCACAGCAGACGAGGACGACGCUGCUGGACCAGCCGAUGAACCGGGAAAUAGCCGCGCGCCCAUGACGGGUUUAGACCUAUUGCGCGGCUUAGGAGCAACCCCUGCACCAGCUGAACCGAAGCCACCCUGUAGCAGUGACGGGUGGCAAUCUCCGAUACCGAAACCACCCGUUGUUUCAAGCUUGGUGAGUGAGCCAGCGACGGUUCCUCUCUCCAAAGUUCCCGAGUCGUCUACUUCUGCGACACCAAAGAAACGUCGUGUUUGCAUAGACCAUGGUCCCGACAACGCCAAGUACGGUCGCAACGGCAUCAGUGGCAGAGAUCUCCAGCUCAACUCGAUGAGAGCUCAUCAGUUUAGUGCUAAACAUGACGCGGCGCUCACGAGGCAGAAGAAUCUUUUGGCGCAGAUCCAGAAUCAGAAGCGACUCGACGACUUCAAGAAGCAUGGCCCGGAUGGUGCGCGCAUCACCAGGCUCAUGUGGAGCAUCGACUUCAUGGUGGCCUUGGCAAUCAAGGAGUCGGCGCUGAAGUUUCCCAACUUCGGCAUCGUCGAUAAGGCUAUUCGUGGACUUGGCGACAUUGUCGGGCGCUCCUCGGUUUGGUAUAAGCGCUUCAAGGAUCUUCAGUUGGGAGCUACACCGAACCAACCUGAAGUACGGUGCGACCUUUGGCGGGGGGCUCAGCAAGCACAUUUCACGCUUCAUCGAGCAGCAACAGGGGAGCGAGCAAUGACGGUUGACGGAGUGGACGAGGACGGCCAGCCAACUUCACAUCGGUUCAUACUGCGGGAGGAGCCAAUCGCAGGGCAUAAGUAUACGGUGGUUCGUUCCGGGGAAUACGUGAAGUUGUGCCAUCAUUUCGCACGAGAAGUCGCCUGCAACCUUCACCUUCGGAUGUGGGACUUGAAGCAGAUGGGCUGCACCCAACUGUUCAAGGCUGACACGUUGCCCAAGAAAUUGGCCAGAGGGACCGCAAGUGCCUUGAGUGGCUGCGGGCGAACGCUGCUCUUUUCGGCGGGAAGCUGCUAG